AAAUAAAUGAAAAUUUAAUUGUCACGCAACCAAAAACUAAUAUACACCUGACGUGAAAUUAUCUGUCACACUUUAUCAAAGACGUUGGUUAGACAACAUCCACUGUGGUACUGUUUCAUGUUGUUGUUGUAUUGCAAAGCCAAUCAUGCACCGUCUUGACGAAACAAUACUCAGUCCUUGUAAGUCCAGAAAUGGUACGUUCUACGGAGACAUUAAAGAGAGCAUGGAUGCUGUCCAAUGGAAACUUGAUCGGCUGAAAAACAUGGAACUGUUUGUCCUGGACAAUUCCUUGCGUGAGACAACUGUAGCUUCUCUUAGGGCACACACUAUUGAGAACAAGCGAGCUAUCUACGAUGAGAUCAAGAAGUGUGGGUUCAAGUACUUCAUCGUUGAGUCAUUCAACCACCAGGCCAGGAUUGGGGAUCUGUUCUUAGAGGAGCUGAUUGCAAAAGGGGAAGAUCUAUCCAAUGCCUUUGCAUUUUCAGAGCUGUGGGAGACGAUUGUUGACGAAGUUCCUCAACCAGACAUACCUAUUGGACUUCAAAAAUGUAAACAGUUUGGUAUACACAAUGUAAUUCUUGAGAUUGAUUUGGUUUAUUAUAAGAUUGAUUAUGAAAAAAUGAACAUGGAUGAGGUGUGCAAGUAUUUAAAAGAUAAGAUUGACUGGAUCCGAUCUAAUCUCUCAAAGGAUUCUUUGAUCCUGCUAAACUUCAGGGAUUUCACUGCAACGAUGUUACAACACCCUGAACGUGUCAGACAUAUUGUUAAUUACCUGGCCAGUCUGCCCAAGAGAAAAAGGAUCAUGGGUGUAAUAUUUGAAGAUCUUGGGGCAGGUAUUCCAGAGCAGCUUGCAGCAUGGACUCGUGCGGUCAAGAAUGAGAUGGAGAGAUGUGGAUGGAGUGACGGACAAUUGCUGUUCCACCAACAUGAGCAGUGGGGGUUAAUGCAUGCAGCUAAUCUCGAUGUACUUGCAUCAGGUGCUACUGGGAUGUGGGCGGGCCUGUGUAUUGAAGGUGCUUCACUUGGACACGCCGAUACCUGCACUGCCAUACUAAAUCUUAUCAGACUUGGAAACAAGGCUGUACAGAAACAAUACAACUGCAAUUACCUCAGAGAUGCGGCCAUCAAUGUCACCAAAGCGGUGACUGGUGGUGUAAAACCAAACCCUAAGCAACCAGUGUAUGGUGACAGGGCAACCGAUAUGGUGUAUGGAUUUAUAUUUUCGGAUCCCACUGCACAGGAUGGAUUUGACAUGGCAGAAUUCCUUGGAGUCAAGAGUGAAGUUAGAAUUACAAACAUGGCGAAUGAUGAGAUGAUCCUGUUAAAACUAGAGGAUGUGUUUGGAGAAGACCCACAGUUCACACUGGAGAUUGCUGGAAAAAUGAAGGAACAGAUGCUGAAAAAUGCAGCAGACGGCAGAAAGGAAGAAUACAACAGUAAGAUAGGACUGGCCAUGUUGUUCGACCAGGCUGGUGGGAAGAUGACAAAAGAAAUGGCGGAUAUUAUUGCCGAAGCCAGUAAGUCAUUGCCAUUCAUCAACACUUUGAUAGAUGAGAUCAAAGUAGAGUGGGAUGAGUGGGAUGGAAGGCGAUGCGAAGUGGUUGAUGACCAGCUCACAUUCGACCACUUCUACACCGGUUUCAUGUCACCUUACUUUGGCUGCUACCGAUGCAAGGACACUCAGCAAGGUUUGAGAGCUUUAGACAUGGAUGCUGAUGGUAUGAUUGACUGGUUCGAGUUUAGGCACUUUCUGCUGUGGGCUGGUAGACAGCAUCCUAAUGUUAAGACUAGUAAGGAACUGCUUGACAUUGCGUUUAGGGAUGGUCUUAUUCCUGCUAUGAAGGAUGAAAUGGAUAGAAUUAAUAAAAUUUAAACUUUAAACAAUUUAAUAAGGUUGAAUUCAUACAAUUUCAAAUAAAUGAAUGUAUAAAGUAAAUUUAUAGAAACAUAACUAAGAUCUUCAACUCUCUUCCACCGAAUGUACUUUCAGUUUUCUCUUGCUCUGUUUUCAAAUCUAACCGUUUGAGUUAUCUUUUAUCUAAUUUUGUGUAAUUUUUCCCGUGGCAAAUUCUCUUUGUUGCAAUAUGUAUUUUAAAUCUCUUUAUUUUCAAAUAUUAUUGUUUUAUGUUACUUUUAAUUAAUAAUAUUUUCCAUUUUACUCCCCCACCCAAUAACUCAGUGGACUUUUUUCUCAUUUAAAUUAUUUUUCAACGUCUCUAAAUGUGUUGUUUAAUUGUCUAGAUGAAUUUAUUAUUUCAAGACUUUUGUUACUUUAAAGUAUCAAUAUUAACUUUUAUUUUCAUUUUGUUAAUUGUUAUUUUAAAUGUUUUCUUUAAAUCAUUAAAAAAAAUGCUGAUUAUAUAUUUUUCUUUAUUAAUUUGUUACUUUUUGUCUUUAUUGUAUGUACUAAUGGUCCUAAUCCAUCAGCUCUGUCUGGAUGGACCACCCUCACAAAAUAUUUUUGAAAUAAAUAAAUAAAUAAUUAAAAAUAAAACACUUCAAACACAAGGUUUGAAUACCAUAAAUUAUAUAAGAGAACCUUUGUGUGAUGUUGAGUGUUCAUUAUAUGAUGCGUGUAAUGUAUGUAAUCUGUAAAAUUUAAUAUUUCAGGAUUGGUAAAAGUUUUCUCUAAUUAAUAAUUAUUAUUAUAUACAUUUCAUUUCGAGGUGUAUAGACUUCGUUCUAUUCAAUUACACUGAGCAUAAGAUAGAACUUGUAUUCUAAAAACAUUUUAAAAUGAAUAAAUCAUAUUAUGCCAACCAUAAAAAUG